CCCGCGAGCCUUCAGGAGAUGCAGGCCUGGGGUAGUCUCCUUUCUGGACUGAGAAGAGAAGAAUGGAGAAGCCCCUCUUCCCAUUAGUGCCUUUGCAUUGGUUUGGCUUUGGCUACACAGCACUGGUUGUUUCUGGUGGGAUCGUUGGCUAUGUAAAAACAGGCAGGGCGCCGUCCCUGGCUGCUGGGCUGCUCUUCGGCAGUCUAGCCGGCGUGGGUGCUUACCAGCUGUAUCAGGAUCCAAGGAACGUUUGGGGUUUCCUAGCCGCUACAUCUGUUACUUUUGUUGGUAUUAUGGGAAUGAGAUCCUACUACUAUGGAAAAUUCAUGCCUGUAGGUUUAAUUGCAGGUGCCAGUUUGCUGAUGGCUGCCAAAGUUGGAGUUCGUAUGUUGAUGACAUCUGAUUAGCAGAAGUCAUGUUCCAGCUUGGACUCAUGAAGGAUUAAAAAUCUGCAUCUUCCACUAUUUUCAAUGUAUUAAGAGAAAUAAGUGCAGCAUUUUUGCAUCUGACAUUUUACCUAAAAAAAAAAAAGACACCAAAUUUGUCGGAGGGGUGGAAAAUCAGUUGUUACCAUUAUAACCCUACAGAGGUGGCGAGCAUGUAACACGGGCUUAUUGAGACCUGCAUAGAGAUCGAUUCUUGUAUAUUGAUUUUAUCUCUUCUUUCUGUAUCUAUAGGUAAAUCUCAAGGGUAAAAUGUUAGGUGU